AUGGAGUCCACACCAACACCGUCGCCCCUCGUCAAGCAUGAGUCCAUGCCUGAGUCUUACCCAAGCCUCUUCGCAAGCGAAUCAUCCACACCGGCGACGAUGGACCCAUCAGCACUGUUCUCGACCCCAGAGCCAGCGGACUGUUUCUCGCCUCGAGACCUCGAGACUCCCGGCCCUGAAGACGAAACCGCAGACUCAUCCGACAAGAAGCCCACAAAAAAGAGAAAGUCGUGGGGUCAAGUGCUCCCAGAGCCUAAGACUAACCUGCCUCCAAGGAAGCGGGCAAAGACUGAUGAUGAGAAGGAGCAACGCCGAGUAGAGCGUGUGCUCCGAAAUCGCCGAGCAGCCCAGUCCUCCCGGGAGCGAAAGCGACAGGAGACUGAGGCGCUGGCACAAAAGAACAAGGACCUCGAGGCUGCCGUACUGGAGCUUCAGAGGGCCAACGCCAUGUUGCAGCAGGAGCUGAAGAAGGUCAGGCCCGACCUGGGUGGCGCGGCUGCACCAAGCAGCAACUCCAUGACCCUGUCGCAGCCCCUGUUCCCCUCCCACGAAAUCAACGGCCUUCUCCAGCCUUCCCAGGCCAGUAUGGACCUGAUCGAGGAGCUGGUCAACAAGUCCAACUCGACACCAAAGACCGUCAAUCCAGCCUCCAUCUCGCCCGCCCUCACCCCUGUCCCCGAGGAGCCCGAAUUCGAGCCCGCCCAAGAAGAGCUGAACACAGCUGCUCCGCGCGCUGCCGAAGCCUCCCAGACUGACAACUCCACCCCGAUGACACAAUAUCCAGCAGCGGUAUUGUGCUUCGACGCAGUCGCUGCAUCCAGCGCUGCUCAUGUUCCAGCAACUCCUGUUGCUGGCGUACAGCUCUUCGACAACGCUCCUCUCCCUGUGGGAGACGCGUCCGUUGGCGAUGAUCUCAAUGUCUAUGAGAGCCUCCUCGCCUCUUCCCCCAACGCGAGCGAUCUUGACCUCGAUCAUUUCUCUGGUGACCAACAGCAUUUCGAUAUCGCCUUUGACGUCAACCAACAGUUCGACGUCGACCAGUGGCUCGAGUCCAACCCAUUCGACAACGGCGACGGCGCUUUCGACAAUCAGCAGCAGCUCUCGCUCCAAGACCCUGCGGCUCCGAACCCUGCGCAAGAUUCUAACCUGCAACCGACAGCUGGCGCGUCCUCUUCAGGAUGCGACGCUCGAGGCAUUGCGGUUGAGUCUCACUAG